AUGACGGAGCGAACGAAAGCCGUAUACGAGUCUCUAAGCAGGAGAAAACUCGGCGACGGCGAUGGAGACGAAGGAAACAUGGUUUUGAUAAGAGACAUCGUCACCGUGAGCCAAGACGGUACCGGGAACUUUACCAAUAUCACGGCGGCCGUCGCGGCAGCUCCGAAUAACACCGACCGAAGCGGUGGGUUCUUCUUGAUUUACGUGACGGCGGGGAUCUACGAAGAAUACGUUUCAAUAGCAAAGAACAAAAGGUACAUGAUGAUGAUCGGCGACGGCAUUAAUCAGACGGUGGUGACGGGGAAUAGAAGCGUCGUCGACGGUUGGACAACUUUCAACUCCGCCACCUUUGCUGUGACAGCACCGAACUUCGUUGCGGUGAACAUGACUUUCCGGAACACGGCUGGACCGGAGAAGCACCAGGCGGUUGCGUUACGGAGCGGUGCAGAUUUCUCCAUCUUCUAUAGUUGUAGCUUCGAGGCCUAUCAAGAUACGCUCUACACGCAUUCUCUUAGACAGUUUUAUAGAGAAUGCGAUGUCUAUGGAACGGUCGAUUUUAUAUUCGGAAACGCGGCUGUAGUGUUUCAGAAUUGCAAUUUAUAUCCGAGAAAACCGAUGCCGAACCAGUUCAACGCAAUCACUGCACAAGGCCGGUCAGAUCCAAACCAAAACACUGGUACGUCGAUCCAUAACUGUACGAUUAAACCCGCGGGUGAUCUUGUUACUAGUAACUACACCGUUAGAACGUAUUUGGGUCGACCGUGGAAGGAGUAUUCACGGACGGUUAUCAUGCAAUCAUAUAUUGAUGAAUGGAACGGCGAUUUUGCAUUGAGUACGUUGUACUACGCUGAGUAUAACAAUACCGGAGCUGGUUCAAACACUACAGCUCGUGUUACAUGGCCCGGUUAUCGCGUGAUUAACUCGACUGAUGCAGCCAAUUUCACAGUUACCGGAUUGUUUCUCGAAGAUGAUUGGAUUUGGAAGACCGGAGUGCCUUACACUAACGGUUUAAUUUCAUAA